AUGGCCCUUCAUCCCCGAAGCGUGGGAAUUCUCUUCAUCUACAUCAUAUCUUUUCUCAUUGGUCUCCCUGCCAACCUCCUGGCCCUGCGAGCUUUCGUGGGGCGAGUCCGCCAGUCCCAGCCGGCGCCCAUCCACAUCCUCCUGCUCAGCCUGACCCUGGCGGACCUGCUGCUGCUACUGCUGGUGCCCUUCAAGAUAGUGGAGGCUGCAUAUGAUUUCCGCUGGCCCCUGGGAGAGGUCGUGUGUGCCCUCACUGCCUAUGGCUUCUACAGCGGCAUCUACUGCAGCACGUGGCUGCUGGCGGGCAUCAGCAUCGAGCGCUACCGCAGCGUGGCUUUUCCUGUGCAGUACAAGCUCUUCCGCCGGCCCCUGUAUGGAGUGAUUGCUGCUCUGGUCUCCUGGAUCUUGUCCUUCGGACACUGUAGCAUCGUGAUCAUUGUCCAGUACUUACCCACCAACAACGUGAGCCAUGCCAAAGACCCCCCUGUCUGCUAUGAUGACUUCACGGACGAGCAGCUGAGGGUGGUGCUGCCCGUGCGGCUGGAGCUGUGCCUGGUCCUCUUCUUCAUCCCCAUGGCCGUCACCAUCUUCUGCUACUGGCGCUUCGUGAGCAUCAUGCUCUCCCGGCCUCACGUUGGAACCCAGAAGCGCUGGAGAGCCGUGGCGCUGGCUGCUGUGACCCUCUUCAACUUCCUGGUCUGUUUUGGGCCCUACAACGUGUCUCACGUGGUGGGAUACUUCCAGAGACGCAGUCAAAGUUGGAGGGCGUGCGCUGUGUUGCUCAGCGCUCUCAAUGCCUGCAUUGACCCCUUGAUUUUCUAUUUCUCCUCCUCCGCCGUGCGCAAGGCCUUUCACAGAGAGCUGCAAAGGCUGCGGGACUGGUGGGCCUCGCUGUCAGGGUGGUGCAGGAGCAGAGCUGGAGAGCCGGCUGCAGACAGAGGAAAGGGGAGCUUUGGUAUGGCCAAUGUCAGGUCCACAAAAGAGUAG